ACACCGUCAGUCGCGGUGCUCGGCUCGGUCCCCGUGGUUGUUGGUGCUUUCGCGCGUCGCCCGUUCGCCCAGAAAAGGUGUUGCCCCUCGUUGACAAUCGUCGCUUGUUUGCUCGCACGGUGCGUGGUCACUCGCGGAUUCCUUUCGUCAACAAUUUAAGGCAGCUCUGUGAGUAGGCAACCAUGGAGCAGCGAGAUUUACGAAGAGCAGCAACAAUACCUCCCAAAGCACCCGUCGUGACCACUGCACCGAACCAUGUCGACCUCGACUAACAACACCAACAUGAAGGCGUGUUUUUCGCUGUCUUCCCUGCACCCAGACCACUCGCCUGGACAGAACACCAGUCCCGGCCACGCACAGAGAGUGGACACACAACGACUCUAUCACAGCUUGACCAAACGACCGAAGAGGCCUUGGAAUGAAAAUGCCGGACUCGAAAGCCCGGUUGGAUCGAAAGACGAAUUUUGGGCGGCCCUCCAGCCUAAUUACAACUACCUUAUGGGACGCCAGCUCAUUGACUCUUGCUGUCAGGAGUUGCUAGCAAACAGUAGCCAGCAUUCUCCUAUGAGCGUAUCAGCAGAGUCGUCAUGCAAUGAAAUCACCUCUCAGCCAGCGAUUGCUUCCAGCCCUAUCUCCGACGUAGAGACAGAGCUUGGAGGCAUAAAGCAGUGGCUGAACGAAGCUGAAGAAAAACUUGGACCCGGUGUAACAGAAUGCAGGAGCAUUCUCGGCAAAGAGACCUUGCCACAAGGCACUCCAUUCGCCCUGAGAAAGGAUGCAAAACUAUUUGAGCACAAGGCGUUACAGCAGGACAUCGAGGCGCGUGGCAAGACCCUGAGCGGCCUUCUGCGUCUGUGCCAAUCUUCCUCGCCAGGCGCUUCCGGCGACUGCGAGCAACUGCCUCCGCACCAGCGCGCCCGCGCCCUCAAGCUCGCGCAGCGCCUCGAGAAGCGUUGGCAGUUCCUGUACCUCAAGAACUUGGAGUGGAUCUUGCAGCUAGAGACGAGCGGCGCUGAGACACCAAGCAGCGAGGCGGCGAGUGAUUCGUCCGAGGAUGAGCCUGGCGUGACUCCGGCUAGGAAGAAGCGACUCGUAGAAGUGAUGAGUCCUGACGUGUGCACCAAGGGCGAGCAGCUGCUCAACCUCGAGUCGCAGAUGCGCUUCACGCAGUCGGGCAAGAGCUCGGUGACCAACAGCGCCGUCUACUAUUACAAGCACUCGACCACCGAGUACUCCUCCGAGGAUGAGGAUGACGACACCGGCUGGACGUUCCGGCCGCAGCUGGCCGCUCCGGUGGCCAACAAGAGCAACGGCCGCCGCUCGUCUUCAUCGUCAUCGGUGUCGUCGACGCAGCCGCUGUCAGACCGCAGCGCCCCCACCUCCACCGCGUCCUCAUCCUCUUCCUCCUCGUCAUCGGAGGACCUGAACGCCUCGGUGGCCACCUGCAUCGGCAACGUGGUCAUGCGUCCCAAGCGUAGUCCGCAGCGUGUCAAGAGGCGCCCGGUUAGCCUGCCGUUCUCGCUCAUGUCCCCAGAGGCGGCGGCCACCACGCCCACGGCCGUUGCAGGAAAAACGUGCAGCGAGACCAACCUGGCCGUGCUGUCACGCAGGAAGAGGACCAUGCGACGUUCCAAGAGGAGACUCCUCAUGGCGUCGCAGUCCAGUGAGUCGGAAGACAGAUCAGCGGUUGUGAGAUCCUCUUCGUUUUCGGGCACCAUCUUCAAGCCGCCCUCGCCGCGGCCCGACGGCUGCCACAGCGACCCAAGCAGCUGUCACCGACUGCGUCGCACGAGCGCUCGGCUGACCGCCGUGCCGCCCGUGCCUGUGGCCGAGGAGAGCGGCGAGCCGUCAUGGGACAACUACCAGGAGCGCUACAACUCGGAGGCGUACAGCGAGGACCCGCUGGACGCGGAGGCGGCUCGACGGCUGCUUGAGUUUGGCGACGAUUACAGCCGCUACCUUAGAGACUGCAGCAGUCCCAUCCGAAGGGAAACCGUGGGACAGGACAGCGACUCUGAAGUGGAGGAGCUGCGCUACGUGCUGAAACUGUCGCAGGAGUCGCUGGCGUUCACGUCGCAACGGCUGCAGCUGGCGUCGACGCGCUUCGACUCUGUAGUGGUGGAGGCGUUGGGCCCGGACAGCAUCGUCAGCAUUGGCGAGCUGGCAGAGAUGGCGGCCACGUGCCGCGAGAGUCGCAAGUGCGUCGAGCUGGUGAUCUCGCGCAUCGAGCAGGAGGCGGCCGGCGUGGCCGACAUGCAGCUCAUCUACGAGCUGCUCGACCAGUGGGAGGACCUCGAGUCCAAAACGCAGGAGCUGCAAAGGGCCUCCAACCUGGCCAGGGACGUCGCCGCCCUCCGGCAAUCGUUGUUUGGUGUCACCGACACGCUCGGACCUGACGACCAGCACGACUCGCUGCGCCAGUCGCGCCUCGAGAGCAGAGUCAGCCUCCAGGGCAAGCUUGAAGUCAUCAGGGAGCAAAUGCACUCCCUGAGUGGCGUGAAGGGCCAGCUGUGCGAGAUGAGCUCGCUGAUCCAGCGGCUGGCGACGGAGGACAAUGGUGCCAUCACGCAGCAAAUCAAAAGCGUGCUGCGCAGCCAGAUUGGCGAGCUGUUCGAUCUGUGGGAGCUGAACAACCAGCGGCUGAGCGCCGAGCUGAACCGCACGCAGCAGCACCUUGCCGCCUGGCAGGAACUGGACAGGCAGCUGUCCAUGCUGCGCGGCUGCCUGCUGCGCGACCGCGAGAACCUGCUCACAAGGCACAAGGACGACAGCGGCUCGCUCAGCGACUCCGGCAUCUCCGACGCCGGCUCUGACGUCCUCGAGACCAGGGGCCAGGAGCUGAUGAGUCUGCGUGCACUCGCUGACCAGCUGCCCGCGCACACCAGGAAUGACAUCGUCCAGGAGUUGGACGCUGCCGAGAAAGAAUUGGAGCAGCUGCGUCUGUACUCAAGCCAGAAGAACCUGUCGGUGUCUGCGAUGUCGGUGCCGGCUGUAACCGCGGCCGCGGAGACGGGCAAGGAGAAGCAGUGGCCGCCGCGCCACUGGCUCAAGCUGGUGCCGCUGUGCGUGGUGACCCUGGUGGCCGUCGUGUGUUCCUUCCUGCAGCCGCCCAACUGCUGUGAGUAUAUCGACUCGUCGGGCAAGUACUGGGAGCUGCUCAAGCUGCAGCACGGCCCGCCGCCCGUCUGAGGCGCGCACGCACACCACACACAAUCUCUGUCUAAACAUCUCUCUGCGCUGCGCUGCUGCAGUUCUCUCUGUAUUAUCUCUCCAUCCAGUUACCAAUAAGAGUGUUUUGUUUGGGCUUCAGAGCGCCCCCCGGCGGCCACGGUGCGGCCGGCCGGCCAUCCACUUGAGUCAGUCAGUCCGUCUGUCUUUGUGUACAGUACAAAUCGUUCGUUUAGCGCUCCUCCUCUCCCGUAGAAUUUGGGUAAGAGACAAAAACACAACACAGACUCGAGCUCCUUCUCGUUGUUUGUGCUCGGCAGCAGGGUUAUCUGUGCCUCUAACUCCUCCUUAACUCUGUUGUUGUCUCUGCUGCACCACCCGUACUUUACAAUACUUUGUCGCCCCUUGAUUUUCUCCUGUGCAUUUUGUUGACUUUUGCAGAGUUUAUUCUUCUCGUAUAUUUAUUAUUACUAUAUAUUUAUCUCUUGUCUUUCUAUUCAUAUAUGCUGUGAACGCAAUAUUAUUCUCUUUGAAAUUUUUUCGACUUUUACUCAUCAGGCUUUCUGCAAUUUUUAUCUCUUGAUUUCUAGAGGACAUGCCCGGCAUAAUAAAAUGACGCCCGAGCUCAAAAACGUCAGCCAACUUUGCAACUUUUGAGGGAAAUUCAAAAUUGCACGUUUUCCGUGAUUCUAAAGAGUGCAUGCGAUUGCCUCCCGCGUGUGCCAGCGUCUUUCUGUGAUAUACAUAAAUUUUUGGUGUGCUCUCCGAUGUUUGAUCGAUUGCGGGCGGCAUGUCCUUUAAACGACAGUUCUUUUUAUAUAUAACUUGAAGUCACUUUCACCAGGAAUCUAUCUGGAAACGGCGACUCAUUCCUGGCCUGUUUUGGCACAAAUCGCAGCGAGGGGAUGUAGCUUAUUUUUAAAAUGGAACUGAUUUUUUCAUUCAAUUGUAUAGCACACACUCAUUCACAAAAUGCCUUUGAAACGUCUGGAUCAAGUAGAGGAGACCAAAGAAUCAAAACGCCAUUUAUUAACACGUUGUGAACAGAGCCGUCUGCAAACGAGACGGCGCUAGAUGAUUCCCACUCCAACAUAUCUCAGGGCUAAGCCUGUUAAUCGCUAAUCAACCCUUUUGUGCCCAAUCUUCACAUUUUCUGCCAUGGAAAAGAGUUUAAAAAUGAAACGUAGUCGAGCUUGCAAUCCGCCGUUUGCUAAAUUGCACUUUUUUCAUGUAUGAUUUUGUGCCAAAACGAUUUUUGUAUCGGAAAUUUUUUUGUAAAGACGCGUGGAGCUAGUUUUGAAAUGAAAAUCGCAGCCCUGCUAGACUAAUAACAAGUGCAUGGGUGGCGGCUUUGGUUUUCUGACGCGAGCACCGCCGCCGGCCGACGCAAUUCAGCCGCUUAUUCCACCGGAAUAAGUGUCUCACCCGGUGUCUGCAAAGAGCGUCGGCAGCGGCGGCCGGCUCGGUCACUAGACUGGUUGGUAAAUGAGUUUAAAUUAAUUAGUGCAUGCUAAUUAAGCGUAAGGAGUAAGUAAGUGCAUGUUGUAAUGUAAUUGUGAUUAAGCUCAGCUUUAUUCACCCCAGCAGUAUGGGUACUUUGUAAUAAUCAAAAGUCUAACUUUAUAAAAAAAAAUAAUAAUCUCUAUAUACGAUUUAGAGAACAACACUCUAGACGAGUUGUGUUAUGAUUUCGUUUUAAUUUGAGUUACUUCAUUGUGAGAUGAUGAUGAUAGUCUGUUUUUUUUGUUUUGCCGUGUAGUGCAGAUGUGUUUUUAGCGCGAUUGUUGAGACAUAAAAAAUAUUUUUAAUUGAGUGUGAGAGUCCGUGACAUACAUAAGUUACUAUUUAUUUAGGCGAGACAUAUUGGAAACUAGAUUGAAUAUAUAUAUACAAUUCAUUAUAUACACACACUUUUGAUUAAUAUUAUUGUAAUUGUUUGGAUUAUGAUAAUAUUGAUUUUUAAUUUUUAUAUAAAGUGAUGUUGAUGGAGUGUAGCGAGUUUUGUAUUAAGAUUUAAUAAAUAAAAUUCUCACUGGAGCGAAAAUAUAAAAUA